AUGCAUGAACAAGAUAAAAGCUAAAAAGACCACACAAGAAUCCAUGACCAAAACAUAGUAUUUUUUUUAAAGUAUUAUGAAGUUCUGGAUCUACAUCUUCCACAUUAGAUGUAUUACGAAAUUCAUAAAAAACAAUUAAAAAUAAAAAUGUCUAUUCAGCCAUUAAAAUAGGGAUAUAAGUGCGUACAGUAUCGUUAUCAAGCUGAACGUCUUAAUAACGAUACUUCAAAAAAAUGAUUACAAGUAAAAUUAUUGAAAGAAUUAUUCCUAUUAGAUGUCCAAUAAAAAAAUGUUAAGAACCUCCUCUAAAAUCAAAAUUUUCACUAGCCCUUUCCUCAAACCAUUUAACUUCGCAUUUUGCCAUAAUAAUUGAAAAAACCUAAACUACAAGUUCUAAUCCUGCUAUCCCAAUAUUAUAGAAACGAAAGAUUUUACUUUUAAAUUUCUUUCCAAUUUGA